CUUAAGACACUCAGCUGGUGCCGGAGUCUGCAGGUGACGCCGCGGAGGUGCGGAGCCGGGCCGCGCCGGCUGCAGCCCUGCGCUGGGACCCGGCCGCCUGGAGCGCUGCGCGCGGCUCCCCCAGCUGCGCUCCGCUGAGCCCGGAGCUCCAGACGAGACUCGCCAGAGGACGUGCACCUGCGGCGCGCUCCGAGGCCACGGGCAGGUCGGCCGGCAGCCCCGGGAGCGCUGACGCCUCGGGGACCGCCUCUGCCCGCGCGCCAGGCGAUGUCGCGGGGCGCGACAGAGUGUGGCUGAGUCUCCCCCGAGUUGGGCAGACGGCGAGACCCCGGGUGCCUCCUCGGCGGGCGGAGGGUCAGCGGGCUCCCGCAGCUGGGCUGUGCACUUCGCUACCGUCUCCCACCCUGCGUGCGCCCGGGUCCGGCGCCGAAGCCCCGCUUCCGAGGCGCUCGGGGCGGCUGGGAUCCGUGCUGCUUGGCGGGGAAGCAGCAGGCAAGUGGUCUGGCGGCGGCGGCGGCGGCGGCGACAGCAAAGCGGGGAGCAGGCGAAUUUGAAAAGAGACAUCCGUUCCCUCUCACUCGCUGAGGGGGAGGCAUUGGCGUUUCCGCAAACGAGAAAGAGCCAUAAGAAAUCAUGAAGUAAAAACUUUGGAGAGCUGCCACUGGAGAUGUUGCACACAGAUCUGGAAUCUUUGACGAGUCUCCUCCCAGCCGUUGGAGGUUUGGGGAGCGGCUGAUACAGCAAGCAGGGCUCGCGCACGGAUUCAAGUUUCGGAGCCCUAGAGGAGCAGCGCAGAGGGGGAGAGCGUGGCGAGAGAAUGAAGAAACCAACCGCCCUGGAGAAGCAUGAGGUGGCAGCGUGGCACUCGGCUUAGAGGGCUUGGGCCGGCGGCGGCGCCAUGGGCAGCCCUGCUGGCCCUGGGCCUGCCCGCGUGGGUGUGGGCGCUCUCGGCGGGCCCCGAGCAGCAUGCCUCGUCGGCCGGCCAGCCCCCGCUGGACUGGCUGCUCAGCGACCGCGGCCCCUUCCACCGCGCCCAGGAGUACGCCGACUUCAUGGAGCGCUACCGCCAGGGCUUCACCACCAGGUACAGGAUCUACAGGGAGUUUGCCCGCUGGAAGGUGAACAACCUGGCCCUGGAAAGGAAAGAUUUCUUCAGUUUGCCACUGCCUCUAGCCCCAGAGUUUAUCCGGAACAUCCGCCUCCUGGGGAGGAGACCCAGCCUGCAGCAGGUCACUGAAAACCUGAUCAAAAAGUACGGCACUCAUUUCUUACUUUCUGCCACCCUUGGAGGAGAGGAGUCUCUGACCAUCUUCGUGGACAAGCGGAAGCUGAGCAGAAAGACGGAGACAGCAGGAGGAGCCCCUGUAGCGGGGGGCAGUGGGAACAGUUCGGCUGUGUCCUUGGAGACCCUGCACCAGCUGGCAGCGUCCUACUUCAUCGACAGAGAGAGCACCCUGCGACGGCUGCACCAUAUCCAGAUAGCCACAGGGGCCAUCAAGGUCACAGAGACCAGGACAGGUCCUCUGGGCUGCAGCAACUAUGACAAUCUGGACUCAGUCAGCUCUGUCCUGGUGCAGAGUCCAGAGAACAAAGUGCAGUUACUAGGCCUGCAGGUGCUGCUGCCCGAGUACCUGCGUGAGCGCUUUGUGACCGCAGCACUCAGCUACAUCACGUGCAGCUCGGAGGGCGAGCUGGUCUGCAAGGAGAAUGACUGCUGGUGCAAGUGCAGCACCCCCUUCCCGGAAUGCAACUGUCCUGACUCCGACAUUCAGGCCAUGGAGGACAGCCUGCUACAGAUCCAGGACUCCUGGGCCACGCACAACAGGCAGUUUGAGGAAUCCGAAGAGUUCCAGGCCCUGCUGAAGAGACUGCCCGAUGACCGGUUCCUCAACUCCACAGCCAUCUCCCAGUUCUGGGCCAUGGACACCAGCCUGCAGCACCGCUACCAGCAGCUGGGCUCCAGUUUGAAGGUGCUGUUCAAGAAAGCCCACCGAAUUGUCCGCCGGCUCUUCAACCUCUGCAAACGCUGCCACCGGCAGCCCCGCUUCCGCCUGCCCAAAGAGAGGUCCUUGUCCUACUGGUGGAACCGAAUCCAGUCCCUCCUGUACUGUGGAGAAAGCACCCUCCCUGGCACCUUCCUGGAACAGAGCCACAGCUGCACCUGCCCCUACGACCAGUCCUCCUGCCAGGGCCCCAUCCCAUGUGCCUUGGGUGAGGGGCCUGCGUGUGCCCACUGUGCUCCAGACAACAGCACACGCUGUGGGAGCUGCAACCCGGGCUAUGUGCUGGCCCAGGGGCUGUGCCGGCCGGAGGUGGCCGAGUCCCUAGAGAACUUUCUCGGGCUGGAGACUGACCUGCAGGACCUGGAGUUGAAGUACCUGCUGCAGAAGCGGGACAGCCGCAUCGAGGUCCACUCUAUCUUUAUCAGCAAUGACAUGCGUCUGGGCAGCUGGUUUGACCCUUCGUGGAGGAAGCGCAUGCUCCUCACCCUGAAGAGCAACAAGUACAAGCCCGGGCUGGUCCACGUGAUGCUGGCCUUGUCCCUGCAGAUCUGCCUCACCAAGAACAGCACCCUGGAGCCAGUCAUGGCCAUCUACGUUAACCCCUUUGGGGGCAGCCACUCGGAGAGCUGGUUCAUGCCUGUGAAUGAGGGCAGCUUUCCAGACUGGGAGAGGACUAAUGUGGACGCAGCUGCUCAGUGCCAAAACUGGACAAUCACCUUGGGGAACAGGUGGAAGACCUUCUUUGAGACAGUCCAUGUUUACCUACGGAGCCGAAUCAAGUCCUUGGAUGACAGCUCCAAUGAGACAAUCUACUAUGAGCCCCUGGAGAUGUCUGACCCCUCCAAGAACCUGGGCUACAUGAAAAUCAACACCUUGCAGGUCUUUGGCUAUAGCCUGCCCUUUGACCCAGAUGCUAUCCGGGACUUAAUUCUCCAGUUGGACUAUCCGUACACUCAAGGUUCCCAGGACUCUGCCCUACUGCAGCUCAUUGAGCUUAGGGACCGGGUGAACCAACUCUCCCCACCUGGCAAAGUCCGCCUCGAUCUCUUCUCCUGCUUGCUCCGGCAUCGGCUCAAGCUGGCCAAUAACGAGGUGGGCAGGAUCCAGUCCUCCCUGAGGACUUUCAACUCGAAGCUACCAAACCCUGUGGAGUAUGAGACAGGCAAACUCUGUAGCUAAUGGGGGGCCCACUCCAGCACUGGGCAGAGAUGGGAUGCAUGAAUGCACGCAGGGUGCCUGCCAAGAUAAUCCAAGCCCUCACCUUAGUGCCAACAGGGUGCUCCCACGAGACCGGAACCCGGGGGCUUGGACUGAAGUAGCCAGGAGAGAAAGCAGCAGUCACUACACACGUGUGUGUAUGCACCCGCACACACACACACACUCACACACUCACACAGGGAAGCCACGACUCAGCAGUCUCGGGUCUGUAAAGUCGGUGCUUUCUAAAACGAAUGCAUUGGAGGAAAGCAGCCAAGGAGGAGAUUAAGAACCAGCCAAACCGCGAGAUAAGCAAAAGUCCUUAAAAGUGAUUCUUGUCAUUCAAGGAGGCAGGAGGGGACAAAGGUGGGAGGCGUGGGCGCUCUCCUCCCCUCUCUGGAGUCACUUUUGUAUUCUUUUUAACCAGAUUUCUUAAAAUGCCGUUGUUUAGUGAAUCCCUACAUGGUUCUUACUUUUUUUGUAUGCUGCCUCCUCUGUGUCCUGCUGACGACUGCUUCCUGGAGCCGCUUCCUUAGGAAACGCGACGCGGGCAAGCACCAGAGGAGCCCACACCCAAGGGCGGGCAGGCGGCCAGCCUCCUCGCCCCUCGCCGCUCCAGCUCACUUCCUCGGCCUCCCCAGGGUCAGGGCCCUGGCUCGUUCCACGUCUCCCUCAUGGUCCACCCAGAGCUCCUCCCGUGACAGCACCUACCCUGCCCGAGAAAGCAGCUCUGUCAAGGUAGAGAGAGACAAUGGAUAGGGAGAUGUUCUUUUUUUAAAAAAACAAAAACAAAAAAAUAUUUAUUUUGUGACUGUUUUCCUUGUCAAUCUGCUCCAGCCACAUGAACAUCUGAGUAAAAACUAAAUUGAUUCAAUA